AUAGAUGAGUACAGUUUAAGGAGAAGUGGAGGAGUAAAUUGGGAGGAUCUUAAGGAAGAGAGGAUGAGUGAAGACGUGGAUCUGGAGCAAGAGGGAAUGGAGAAGUCGGCCUGAACAACGGAGAUGCAGCGGAAUAAAAGAAGAUAAGAGUGAUAUGGUGACCUGUGUAAGGAGUGGGAAACUGCUGGCAUGAGUGAUGAGACAACAAGGACCGAUAUCUCCUCAACGUCCACUAACCUGGGACCGAGUUGAAACCUUCGCCCGUCAUCUCCACAUUGUCCGAAGAUCUAUAGGUCCUCCCCGCUCAUUCUGACCACAUUUCCAGUGUCCGUCCUCGGUGCGUACAUCCCCGCUCCCACACCGUGUCAAUGAAGGAGGCCGACGCAAUCAAGCUCUUCAUUGGGCAGAUACCCCGAAAUCUUGAGGAGAAGGACUUGAAACCGAUCUUCGAACAGUUCGGGAAAAUCUAUGAGUUGACAGUGAUAAAGGACAAGUACACGGGGAUGCACAAAGGCUGUGCCUUCCUGACAUACUGCGAACGAGAGUCUGCCCUCAAGGCCCAGAAUGCACUGCACGAGCAGAAGACGCUACCAGGGAUGAACCGGCCCAUUCAAGUGAAGCCAGCAGACAGCGAGGGCAGAGGGGAAGACAGGAAGCUAUUUGUGGGCAUGCUGGGGAAGCAGCAGUCUGACGCGGACGUGAGGAAGAUGUUUGAGGAGUUUGGGAACAUUGAAGAGUGCACCGUGCUCCGUGGCCCUGACGGCACUAGCAAAGGCUGUGCCUUUGUGAAGUACCAAAACAAUGCAGAGGCUGCGGCAGCCAUCAGCACUCUGCAUGGGAGCCGCACUCUACCGGGAGCCUCUUCCAGCCUGGUGGUGAAGUUCGCCGACUCUGAGAAGGAGCGAGGGAUAAGGCGCAUGCAGCAGGUGGCGUCCCAGCUGGGGGUCAUCAGUCCCAUGACCUUACACCUCGGGGCUUACAAUGCCUACACACAAGCACUGGUGCAGCAGCAGGCUCUGGUGGCCCAGUCGGCGUACUUGUCUCCUGUGUCCACCAUCACCAUGCAGCAGUUGGCUGCCCUCAACCCGAGCAGCCUCAUUGCCACGCCCAUCGCAUCACUCACUACCUCCUCAGGUACCAGCACUCCGCCCACCAUGGCAGCCACACCGGUGCCUGCUCUGCCUCCACCACUCAGCUACCCUCCAGUCCCAGCUCCACCCAAUGGACAGUCAGUGUCUGAAACCCUGUACACCAAUGGAGUUCAUUCUUACCAAGCUCAAACUCCAGUUUUGGAUUCUCUUCAGCAAGCAUACGCUGGGAUGCAGCACUACACAGGUGGGACAGUAGUGAGUCCAUUUGAGUCCUUAAAAUUUCCUGGAGGGAAUUUUAGGUUUGAAAUGCCCUCUCAACAGUCCUUAAUGUUUACUUAUGCAAACACACCCACAGCAACCUACCCUUCUGCCUAUGGAAUGGUGGGGCAGCCAUUCCCACACCAACACACAAUGGUUGCACAGCAACAUCAGCAGCCUCAGCAACUGCAGCAACGAGAAGGGCCUGAGGGGUGUAACAUCUUCAUCUAUCACCUGCCUCAGGAGUUCACUGACUCUGAGAUGCUGCAAAUGUUCAUCCCCUUCGGCAACGUCAUCUCAGCAAAGGUCUUUGUUGACCGUGCCACCAAUCAGAGCAAGUGCUUUGGUUUUGUGAGUUUUGACAACCCGUCCAGUGCUCAGACGGCAAUUCAGGCCAUGAAUGGUUUCCAGAUUGGCAUGAAGAGGCUCAAGGUGCAGCUCAAGAGGCCCAAGGAUGCCAACCGACCCUACUAAAUGAGCAAGGGAGAUGAGAAGGGAAGAUAUAAGAGUUCUAUCAAGAAACUGCUUGGGACGUUCCAGCCUUUUUGGUUGUUUCGCCAACCGUAUAGCACAGGGAGCAACAACACUUCUCAGAAAAAUAUGAUAAAUAUAUGUAUCUGCAACAAUAACAAAAAAAUCUGUAACAACAAAAUAACAAACGUGUGGUGGGUGGUUGAGUACACAUACCAUUCCACAGCUGGAUUCAGUCAUAUUAUGUACAAACUGUAUUGUCAGCUACAAGGUCUACAUGAAAAAGCAUAUCACUUAUUCUACUGAACAGGGUUUUACUGUAUAGUGUGGUUUGUGGUCCAUAACGUAAGAGGGAAGGGCAAUGUCUGGGGUUGAAGAAGUGGGAUGGUAACCUUUAUCGGUGGGGGGAAAAAUAAUAUUCUGUAUGAUUACCAUUGGUCGAUUUGGUAUGUAGAUUUAGUUUAUUAUUUAAAAGUAAAUGAUAGAAGGGGUAAGUAAACAGGAAGAAAAUCUACUUCUUCUCACUGUACAUAUCUUUGUUUUAAAUGGAGUCAAAUAAUGAAAAUGUGUUAUUAUAACCCCUACUACUGGUAUUGGCAUAAUGGUGGGAGGGAAGGUAAUUGGGUGGAAUUUUUGUAUCUACAUUUUUUACAUUUAAUUUAUUUGUUAAUGGCGAUAUUCUUUUUUUUCUUUUUUUCUUUUUAUUUUAGAAAAUAGAUUCCUGUGGUCUACAAGACUAUGGAUAAACUUAUUGUAGAAUGUUUAAUUACAUAAAUGUAAUUAUCAAAAAAUCAUUGUUUAAUUAUUUAUUCCCUACAAUUGCUGUUUUAAAACAUGUCUUUAAGAAAAAAUAAAGUAAAAUUUAGAAAAUGA